AAUGGCUGAUACUUCUCAAAUAAGAGAUUUAUUAAUUAGAGAAAAAGUAUCUGUAUUUUUAAAUUUCUUAGUAAAAACCAAUAAAUAAGUCGAAUGAAUUUUACUUGAAUGAUUCAUAAGGCAUAUGUAGAAGAGAUAUUCUAGUUUAAUGGAUUGUGGCAGUAUAUAUAUUCAUAUAUAAUUAGUAAUCAUCUCAAUUCAGACAUUCUCUAAAAACUAUUGAACUUGCAAUCAUCUACAUUGACACUUAUCUUAAUUAUUUUAAGAUAACCUAAGAAUAUCUAUAGUUAUUGGGAAUUUCAGCCUAUUCUUUAGCAUCCAAAGUAAAAAUGGAAAUAAAAUAUAGUUUAAUGAAACAGAAAUGGUGACUUAAAUUAAACUAUAUGAUCCAGAUGGUUAGAAUCUCUAUUAGAAUAGAGAGUAUGAUGAAAUGGAAGAGUAGAUAAUUAAAGUUAUGGGAUUUUAGCUAAAUUACAUUACUUCAUCUGAUUAUUUAUUAGCAAUGAAUAUUGAAAUAAAUGAAAAUAUCUAAAGUUUAUUAAUGUUCAUUCUCUUAGGUAUUCAUUUUUAAUUAUUAUAGAUUUCGAUAUUUACAAACAUUCUCAUUUAGAACUUGCUUUAGCCAUAGUUGCUUAUAGCCAAGAAUAAUAAAUCUAAUUUACAGAUAAAAUUCUUAAGCUAUCCUAAUUCAUACAUAAUAAAAUACUCAGAGCUUAAGAAAUAGAAAUAGAUAAAGAAUAAAAAGAAAAUUCUAAAUGCAAAAUAAGAAAUAAACAAAUAAACAAAAAGAUAUCUAAAAACAAAGGCUUGAUUCACUAGAAGGCUCCAAAACAAUAAGUUUGAA